AUGCUUGACGACGCCCCCCGAUGUCUACCACGGCAUGGCUUCGAAGGAGAAUAUGAUUUCGAUUCUCUUGUCGACAGAAACCCAUUUCUUUUCCGGGUCUAUACGCCCAAACCCGCCUCUCCAUCGAUCUCGUAUGACCCCAAGAUAUUUUGCAUAGCACCCAAAUUUGAUGCCAAAUUUACGUCGCCUCCCUCUGCCGUUGAGUCCCUGAGUCCGAUUGGCCCACUGACUGAAAUCGUCACAUGCGAGGAGGUCGCGCGACAUUUGGAUUGGACAACUCGUUCCACCUCUUCUUUCAUUUCUACGUCUUUUAGUUUUGCUUGGGCGAUAUGGGAAGCACUUCGGCGGUAUAAGUCGGGUGUCAAGCACGAUGUCGAAAUCGCCGUUAUCGAUGCGGCUUCCCUGAAGGGGAGGGCGGUGACAGCUAUGCAGAUCUUGAGGAAGGCUACCAUUGACGAACGCCCCCAUCAUUAUUGGCGUUCGUGCCAUUUCUCCCAAGAAUCGCAAUCUGUAGUUGUGUACGGAUAUAUUCCAUUAACAUCUGUUAUGGCUUCUAUUCCCCUUCUUUCUAUUCUCGAAAAGAUGCCUUCCUACUUCCUCCGGUCUGGAAUUCCCUCCAACCCUUCCGUGACGGAAAUGUCUCUGAUCAAUCGCGUCGCGUGGGAUCCCAGCAACAAAAAAUACACAUAUAGGCAAUUUUGUGAAGCUAUGACGGAUCGAUAUUUCGAACAGUCGACUGAAAUGCGACUAAAAGAGUCCAUAGUAGGCUCUAUACGUCUCGCUGUUGCAUUCCUGAACCCCUGGUUCCAUAAGACUGCCGCAGACGAUAUUGACAGGGCCGUCCACAAGACUGUAGAACUAGCGUCUCUGAUAGCUGCAUGGCCUGAUCCCCAAGAUCCUGCGGAGAUGCAGGAUGUCUUGAACGGAAUGGUGUCGUUGCUGGCGGAGGAAGUGCGGGAAAAACAUCAAGUUUCACUUCUUGGAGAAGUCGUUGUGUUGGCAGGCGUUAUUGACGAAAUUGAAUGUGUUGUUUCUUCAUUGGAGGAUCGCAUCGAACAGCAUGAAGCUGCGGCAGGAAAUCCGGUGGUUGAGACCAGGUUGGACGACGAGUUUCCGGAAGCCCUCUCAUCACUACCUCCGUCUACACCAUUUUCUGCACUUUUACCCCCAUCUCCGGAGUCAUCAUGCCAGGAGAUCGAGUCGUUCACUUCUGAUUCUUCUUCAUCAUCUACAUCCCGGAGUAUGAUCGCAGAGACCAUGUCUGUUGCAAUAACUGGAUUCCUGUUUGGAACUUUCCUUACUCUAUGCGUUGUAUCGUCUCAGCGACGGACACUGUUAAUGCAUCUUACCUAG